UUAUUUAGCAAUGGUUGGCACAAAAAAAUCAUUUAAUUAAUUUAUAGUUAGGCAUAAGAUACAGAAGCUUCUGCCGGGAAAGAUUAAAAAUUACAGUGUUGGAAACUCUUCUCUUCUGUGUUUCCUGAUAUAGCUGCCACUCCAGCCACAUCCACAUUCACAAGAAUCUCUCUCUUUUUCUAGGGUUUCUAAAAGCUUCAGUUUCUCUUGCAGGAACUCAUUUUCCGACCAAACUCAUCGAGUUUAAGACAUCACUGUCUGUAAUAAAAUCUCUUCAAACUCACUAAACAUGGCGGUUUAUUACCCAAGUAAUGUCAAUUGUUACCAGCAAGAACCAAUCUAUCUCAACCAUCACCAACAACAACAACAACCUUCCUCCUCCUCCUCCUCCGCCGCCGCCGCAUCUUUCGUCGGCGGCGAAGAGAAUGUUCGAAACGAGAUGGUUUUCAUUCCACCAACGGGUCUUCAGAAUCUCAACGGAGACGUUCCCGUUUCGAGCAGCGAGUUAACCUUCCGCGACGGUCAAGGACUAUCUCUAAGCCUCCUCGGCACUCAAAUCUCUCUUCCUUCGUUUCACUAUCAUCAAUACUCUUCAAUCUCGGCUAAGGAAACGCCGCCGUUUAACAAAGAGAUGUUGCUGUUGGGUCAAUCUGAUCCUUCCUCCGGUUAUGCUGGAGUCUACAACAGUUACAAUAUGAGCAGCGUGUUGCGUUCUCGGUAUCUUAAACCGGCUCAGGGUUUGCUCGAUGAAGUGGUUAGCGUCGAGAAAGAGAUGAACCAGUUGAGAAAAAAGAAGAAAGGUGAAGACUUUAACAAUAGUGCAAAGGAGACAGAAGGUGGAGGAGGCAUUGGUGGUGAGAUAUCAAUAGAGUUAUCUACAAUUGAACGACAAGAGCUUCGAAGCAAGAAGGACAAGCUUUUAACAAUGGUUGAUGAGGUGGAUAAAAGAUAUAACCAAUAUUACCAUCAAAUGGAAGCAUUAGCUUCAUCAUUUGAGGUAGUAGCAGGAUUUGGAUCAGCUAAGCCUUACACAUCAGUGGCUCUCAACAGAAUCUCUUGCCAUUUUCGCUCUCUUCGCGACGCUAUAAAGGAGCAGAUUCAGAUGAUAAGAGAGAAGCUUGGGGAGAAAGGAGGAGAGUUGUCAUUGGAUGAGCAACAAGGAGGAGAGAGGAUACCGAGAUUGAGGUAUUUAGAUCAAAGGUUGAGACAGCAGAGAACUUUGCAUCAACAGCUUGGAAUGGUUAGACCGUGUUGGAGACCUCAAAGAGGUCUCCCUGAAAGCUCUGUCUCUGCUCUUCGCGCUUGGCUCUUUGAGCAUUUCCUUCAUCCAUAUCCUAAAGAAUCUGAGAAAAUGAUGCUUGCAAAGCAGACAGGACUGUCGAAAAACCAGGUUGCUAAUUGGUUCAUAAACGCGAGAGUUCGUCUAUGGAAACCAAUGAUAGAAGAGAUGUAUAAAGAAGAGUUUGGUGAUGAUGCCUCUGAGUUACUAACUUCCAAGUCUCCCAACAGCACCAACCAAGAAGACUCCUCCUCGCAGCAGGAGAACACAACAAACGUUGCCUUCUCAUCAGAACCUAAACCAGACUGUACUCAAGCCAAUGAAGAUGACCCACAACUACAUCAGAUGAACCGGUCAGGGGAUUACGAUACUCUAAUGAACUAUCAAGGGUAUGAUUACCGUUACAUAGACGGAAACAACCAGCAGGAGAGCAGAUUCUCCAGUGGCCAGCACUUACACGACUUUGUCGUUUAAUAUUACCAUUCUUGGAACAGAGGACAUGACUCUUGAAACGCAAGAAAUGUGCUGUCUUGCAUUUUUAUAGAUAGGCAUAUAACACACACAUAUGUGGCUUUUGUGUAUAGAAUAGUACACUUGUAACACAAGUAUUUGAUUAUGUGUGUAAGAUUUACGGUGGUGUGAAGAAUUAUGAACAACCGCUUCAUUUUACAACGGAGAUUAACUUUUUUUGCCUUUAA